AUGUUCUCGAAGCUCGUCUCUAUCGCUCUCCUCACUGCUCUCGCUGGUAGAGCGUUGGCGUUCAAUGUCAGUGUCAACAAGGUCGUUUACCAGUCGACCGAGGUUUUCGACUUCAAUUUCACACCCGUGAUUGCUAGCUGUCAAACGAGUUGCAACACUGCGAAAGCCACUAUCAAUGCCUGCAACGAUAUUGGCUGUUUCUGUGGCAACACGACCACGACUGAGCUCGUGGCCUGUGAGCAAUGCAUUUUCACCGCCAUUGUCGAUGCGAAUGUGCCCCCACCCGAUGUCCGUGCUGGGUCGAACCAGAUAUUAGCUGGUUGGACGACAAACUGCGCUGCGGCAAACCUUACCGUCACACUCGGUCUCGAACUCCCUGCUUCUUGGGAUGGUCCUUUUGUUUCCGUGUUCCCGACAGCUGUAGGCUGGGUUAUUGCAGUCACUGGCGGUUGCCUAGGAGUCUCACUAAUCUACAUGCUGAGCAAUAUGUAA